AUGGACUACAACGGCUCACCUACUUACUAUGCAAUAAGCUUCAUUCUUAAAGCCCUCCCAGUAGCCCAUGGGUUCGUUGACUCUAAGAGGCUUCUAACAAAUUUGCAGCAAGCAGCCCACAUGUUUGAGCAGGCAGGUGCUAUAGACGCUGCGAACGAGGUGCGACGAGACGGAGAAAGGAUCGCCGUCUUAACACAAACAGUCUUGAGCCCAGAGGCGUUUGAAAAUCCAGCGGGGGACAUGCCUCUACCCGCCCUGUUCGAUAUUCCAUCCUUCUUUGGUGAAAUGGGAUGGGACGAGGACUUCCCAGCGCUGGACACGUUUGCAUUUGACUUGGCUACUCCACGACGGCUAUGA